AUGAAAAAUAAGGAUUUUCCCCAUAAUAAUUUCAAUACUGUUGAAGACAUACUCUUGUCAAGCAUCUCUAUAAUUCAAAAAAGUGUUAAAGAUAUCAUUGAACGAGAUAACAAACUAUCCACCUAUGAAAAAAAUGGAAACAACAUCAAUCUCAGAUUAUAUUACCCAAACCACCAAAUAUCCGAUGAACAUAUAAUUCAUUUCAGCAAAUACACAGAUAUAGAAAAGAUCUCAUUUGACAAAAAGAAAAAGAAAACUAUCUUUAUCUCUCUCUCAAAAGAAAACCUACAUAAUCUCCUAAAUGAAAGAGAUACCACCAACAAGUUCAUCACGCACUGUGACGAUUACCAUAUGGUAAUUGGAAACAUCAACUCAUCCAAUCAAGACAUUGAAAAAGUGUUAAAAGAACAACUUAACCUAAAAAUUGACUUCUUCUUUUCUCACAUCAAAGUCAACAAAAACAAUACCUCCUUUUUUCACCUCAUUGAAAGAAAAAACAACUCAAUCAAAUCAAAGCUACUGCAAUCACCAUACUAUCGUAUUAAGAUUAAGUCUGCAACAAAAUCAAAAAAUCAUCCUAACAACAAAAUCAAUCAACUAAUCAAUGAAGAUAUACUAGGGGUCUCCACUGAUAAAGAAAUUGAUAACAACAUUACCAAAAUCAAUCAAUUAAGCAAUGAAGAUAUGUCCAGGGUCUCCACUGUUAAAGAAAUUGAUAACAACAUUACCAUAAUCAAUCAAUUAAUCAAAAAAGAUAGGGUCGACUUUAAUGAUCAAGAUGAUGAUUACAAAGAAACUAUUUCUGAUAACGAAUCUAACAAUUCAACUAACACACUAGAUAACGAGGAAAUAUCUAAUGACGAAACAAACAAACAAACAAAAAACCAAUCACCACAAGAUGACAAUAAAUCAUCAACCAGCAAACCCUCAAGAACAUCCAGGGUUAACGCACUAAACAACAUCUUUACAAGAUUAGCUUCACCAACUUCCAAAAAUAAAACCGCCAUAACAAAUAUGAAUACCACCGCAAAAAGUAACCGUACUCGAAAUGUUAGCCAAAUAUCCACACCAAUCAAAAACACUCCAUACCAAUCAGGCAGUCCGAAAUCACCUGCUAUUGAACAAAAAUCUAAGAAAAAAAAAACUUCUUAA